GCACCGGGGGCGUUUUGCGACAGCGGCGCGCUUUGCGGUAGCCGUUACGGGAGGCGGUAGCGCUCUCCGGUGCAUGGCUCCGGAGCGCUCUGGGGGUCUCAGCGCCGAGCGCCGCUGCCUGCGGCCGCCCCCGGGACGCGGGGCUGAAGCGCGCUGUGGGGCUACUGAGCACGGGCGGUGGGGAGCGGCCGCGGCCGGGCCAUGGAGCUGAGCGGGCUGGUGCGCGCCCUGCGGCUGGAGGCGCAGCCGCCCCGCGCUGUGCCCGCGGCCGAACGGGUCCCGCUGCAGGCCGAGCUGCUCCGCGCCGCGGGGCCCGGCGGUGCCGCUGCGGGUAGGGACCUGGGAGCGCUGUUGGAGGCCGCGGACUGGCGGGGACUGCUGGCGCUGAGCCCCGCGGCGCUGGCCGAGCUGGUGUCGGCGCUGAGCGGGUACGCAGCUCCCCCGCGGCAGGAGCAGGACGCUGCGGAGCCCCCCGGCAGGGACAGAGCCUGCGCGGCCACGGCCCCGAGGGCGGCGGACGUCGGCUCAGUGCUUCUGCGCCUCCUGGAAGCUGCCAAGGGCCAGGAGCCUCGGGGCGCCCCCGGGGCGGCCCCGGCGCUGCGCCCUGUGCUCGCACACAUCUACGUCUUUGCCGCUGCGCACCUCGCGGAGCGGCCGUGGACAGAUGCGAGGUCUCGGGCAGUGGCACAGCAGCUGCUGGAGCUGCUGGUUCAGGCCGCAGGCUGCGGCUCGGUGGCUGAGUUCCUUCGAGGAAAGCAUGAAGAUGAGGAAGGGAGGUUUGGAGCAGUGCUGGGGCUGCUGAAGCCGGAGCUGACCAAGGACACCUGGAAGCAGAACCCUGCCACCAAGGUGGUGUUCUCCUGGACCCUGCCCCACAUCACCCGGCCCUGGCUCAGCCCCCACCUGCAGCUGGUCCUCCCACCCUCACUGCUCCUCUCAGACGACUACCAGGAGGAGAAUAAAAUCCUGGGGGUGCGCUGCCUGCAUCACAUCAUCCUCAAUGUGCCAGCUGCUGAUCUAUGCCAGUUCAACAGGGCUCAGGUUGUGUACCAUGCCCUCUACAACCAUCUCUACUCAAGAGAGGCUCCUCUCAUCCAGGUAGGACAGCAGAGCUGCACUUUCAUGCUGUCAGCCCCAGAAGGGAUGGACAGCCUGGGGCAGGAGGAGGCAAGAACCUUCUCACAGCCAGAUUGUUACCAGCUGAUGCCUGUGGCUAAGAGACAAAGGCACUCAGUAGAUCUGAGCAGAACACCAAAGCAGAGGAAAAAUCUCUUCUCUCCUGUCCCCAUCCAAGUGGCAGCCCUGCUGAGGAGGGCUGGGGCAGCCUGGAAGCACUCAAACCACCACAGCUGGGGACAGUUGGGCCUGUCAGAAGUGCAGCAGCUGUGGGUGGUCAGCAGAUUGGAUGUCUCUGGUGCUGCAGAGAGGACAGCAGCAGCAGCAGCGCUCAGUGAUGUCUCUCGCCCCCAGGCGGUGCUGCUGUGCCUGCUGGACUUGCUGCCCGUCCUGGAGCGAGCCCAGCGGCAGCAGAGGCAGCCCAGACCAGGCUCCCAGUGGCAUGAGGUGCUGCAGCUGGUGCUGACCCACAUGGAGGCAGAGCACCGCCUGGCGCUGCGGAGGGUCUACGCCAGGACCCUGCCUGCCUUCGUGCGGAGCCUUGGCAUCUUGAUAGUGAGGCACCUGAAGAGGCUGGAGAGAGUGAUCCUGGGCUACCUGGAAGUCUGGGAUGGCCCUGAGGAGGAAGCCCGGCUGGGAGUACUGGAGACACUGCGGUGCACCAUAGAGCAUGCUUGGCCCAGGAUGCCCUGCAGGCUCCCUGUGCUGCUCAAAGCCCUGCUGAAGAUGAUGUGGGAUGUGCACACCGACCGGGGGUCAACACCAGAGGCAGUCAAAGCUGCCUUGCUGCAGGGGGCCACUGAGUGCCUCAUCCUGCUGGAUCGCUGCUCUGAGGGGCAAGUGAAGGUCCUGCUGCAGGGUGUCUACAGCAGCUGUGAGGAGAACCAAGUCCGGGAGUGCAUCAGGAGAGUGCAGGAGGACAGCUGAGGUGUGGCUGCUCAGUGCUCCCCUGUUUCUGUGCACUAAAGAGGGUUUAUUCAGA